AUGUGUGAAUGUGUGAUUGAGCAGCGGGCAAUUAUUUCAAGGCUUAGUGCCAUCGUCCGGAGACAUAAUCAUGGCCUCAUAAUCAUAGAGACUGUAGCUGUAUUCCCCCCGAGAUCCCCCUUCGCCGCCACCAUACUCGGUGCUAUCUGUGAGUGCAGCCCCCCAGAAACCGGCAAAAUUUCCUUCUCAAGCUUUAAAGCAUCUUUUUCAAGCAAUGUCAACUACCUCAAGAGGAGCGUGCAAACCUCUUCAUCCUCGGCUCUUGAGGCCUUCGCUGGGAAUCCUCUUGUGAAGGAGAACCUGAGGAGAAACAGGUUCUCCUCCGGGGAUCUCUCUGCUGAGCUGGAUGACGAGGAGGCGACGCUUAGGAGACAAGAAGUUAUUACCCAACAGGCCGAGAGACAGCAAGGUGUCCAGAACUCUCAAGGACAGUCCCCGGUUCAGCCUAAGGCUCAGCCUCAGGCACAGCCUCAGGCACAGCCUCAGGCACAGCCUCAGGCACAGCCCCAGGCACAGCCAAAGGCACAGCCCCAGGCACAGCCUCAGGCACAGCCUCAGGCACAGCCAAAGGCGCAGCCCAGAGCUCAGUCUCAGCAGGCGAGGCCAAACCAGGUGAGCAGCAACAGCAGCAGCGUCGUCGCGGGGGGAGGAGGGGGAGGGGGAGGACCCCAGCAUGCCACCCAGGAGACCCCCGCCCCGGCCGCCCCGCCCUCCGGCAGCAGCGGGGGCGGGUUCAGCCUCAACUUCCCCCGGCCGGGAUCGAGGACCACCUCCGCCCCUUCUUCGCCCUCCAAGACCAGGGAGAGCUUCCUGCAGCGAGUGUCUUCCCUGACGGGUGCGGUGCGAGGGGAAGUGACUGGCCAGACAAAGCCCGCCUACAACAAAGACCGAUGCUUCACUCUUCUGGUUAUAGACGACCAGAACACAGAUUGGUCGAAGUAUUUCCGAGGAAAACGCAUCCACGGAGAUUGGGACAUCCGUGUGGAACAGGCGGAAUUUCGGGAACUGAGUGUCACAGCGUCUUCUGAAGGAGGAGUCAACGUCUCCAUGGUCGUCUUCAGGAAUGGCGCUAAAGUAGUCAGAUCCUUCAAACCAGAUUUCGUGUUGAUUCGGCAGAACUUGAAGGACGCCGGCGAGGACCACAAGAACAUCCUGCUGGCACUCAAGUUCGGCGGCGUCCCCUCCAUCAACAGCAUCAACGCUAUUUACAACUUCCAGGAUAAGCCAUGGGUGUUUGCUCACCUGCUGGAGAUCCAAAACAGAAUGGGCAAGGACAAGUUCCCUCUCAUUGAACAGAACUAUUUCCCCAACCACAAGGAGAUGCUCUCGGCCCCCCGAUACCCCUGCGUGUUCAAGGUCGGCCACGCCCACGGAGGCCUGGGCAAGGUGCGGGUGGAGAGCAACGCAGAUUUCCAAGACAUGGCAUCGGUGGUGGCUGUGGCGAACACCUACUGCACUACGGAGCCUUAUAUUGAUGCCAAGUUCGAUAUCCAUAUCCAGAAGGUCGGCGGAAUGUACAAGUGCUUCCAGAGAAAGUCCAUAUCUGGCAACUGGAAGACGAACACAGGGUCUGCGAUGCUGGAACAGGCGUCCAUGACAGAGCGGUACAAGGCCUGGGUGGACGAGGUCUCCUCCCUCUUCGGCGGUCUGGACAUCUGCGCCAUCGAGGCCAUCGUGGACAAGAGCGGCAACGAACACAUUAUCGAGGUCAACGACUCGGCUCUGACGCUCAUGGGAGACUCACAGGAAGACGACCGGCGGUAUAUCGCGGAGCUCGUGGCUAUUAAGAUGCAGGACGUCUGCGAGGUUCAGGGGGUGACGCGACCAGGCCCCGCUGAGCUGACCAGGGGUUCUUCGCGGCAGUCCCUGAGCGGCACCAUGUCCUCCAGGGGCGGCUCACCCACGGAGGACACCUCGAGGCUUAUCAUGAGCGAGACGCCUAUUCCCGGAGGUUCUCCCAGCCAGCAGCGCCGAGACUCUCAGGCUGGUUCUCCAACAGCCUCCCAGUCGAGCAGCAUCAGCGGGUUCAGCAGCGCCAGCGGUACGCGGCGGCAGGUGGACGAGGUGAGUCAGUCGUCGCAGCAGUCGGUGGGUCAGAAGCCGUCGCUGUUCGGCCGCCAGACGUCCGUCACGGCCAACGAGGCAGCGACCGGCGACGACACGGAGGACACCAUGAAGAACCUGCGCAAGACCUUCGCCGGGAUCUUCGGGGACAUGUAAGGCAGCGAGAGCCUGAGGCCGCGAGCGACGGGCGACGGCGAGGGAGAGCGAGAAGCAAAUGAUCGGUGGAGGAGGAAGAGGAAUUCGGAAAUAUUGAUGAUGAUGAUGAUGAUGAUUAUGAUGAUAAUGAUAAGGUCCCAUUCAAUCACCGUUGGCUCAAAGUUAGGCCACGUUCUUUGUCAAUUUGCGCCACUUCCGCACUGCAGCCUGUUGUCGUGACUGUUUGUAAUGCAUUAUAGAGUUUAAAAAGGAAUAAUACUAACUUCUCAGUAAAGCUUCAUUCCAUAAUCGUUAGUUACGGUUAUAAUUUUGAUUUCCGUUUCAAAACAAGCGUAGAACCGGACGCGCCGUGAAGAGUCUGCAGCUGUGACGAUGCCAAAGGUGAAAGAGAACGUAGCUUUAGUGUCACUAGUCUUCAGCUAUUCUGCCUUAAAUAACUUAACUGAUGACAACUGAAUAAAAAAAAACUCAUGUAGAUAUCCACGUGCCAUACCAUCAGAUACACAGUGAUCGUUUUCCACCUGCUCUAAAUCUCAAAAGAACAGCGAAUCCUGUCAACAACGCGACCUCAUAAGGUUUUGUUCCCGCGGUCCCUGCCUCUCCUUCCCGCGGCACCACCCGCCAUGUUCGAACGUGAAGGACCCUUUUUUAUCCCUCUGUGUUUUAUGCUAGGUCGGAGUCUCCUUAUUGGCUGUUAGGCAUUUGACCUCCUUUAAGCCUGUGUAUUACCCCCCCCCCCUAUCUCCCUCUCGCCCUUCCAAGGCCCACCCACCCGCCCCCUGCAUCACCUGUUCUUCAAAGUGUUAACGAGUUCCCCGUAGAAUCGUGUUUCGAAGUCGCGCGCGCAUUUCUCCGCACUCUCUCUGACCUUUCUUGCCGCCGCCACAGAAAGCUGCAGAAUAACCAGACACAAAGUUAUAGCGAAAUGUUAUUAGAUUAUUAGGCUGCGCUUUAUAGAAGUCAUUAGUCCGAGUCACUUAAAACCCGGGUUACAACGGACGAGUCAAUUCGAUCCUGCGAGAAAGGGGAGAAUCCUAACAGUUAGUAUUGUUUGCCUUUCUUUGUUGGGCCGUGAACGAGUCUUUCCAACGAUUUUCUGAAGUCCAUAUGUUCGUAAAGUCAUCAUUAUGUAAAGCGCUCUUCGAUCUAACGUAAGACCGAGCAGUUCACCAAGAUGUUGAAAAUCCUGAGUGCUGAUUGGUCGCAGAGUUAUCGGUAUCAGCCAAUGAGCACUCGGGACGUGGUCACGUGGGUCAAACUGAUGCAUCUUGAGCUCGCACAUUAUUGAUGAUUAAACCAAUGUUGUUAGCAAUAUGCUCUGUGUUGUUUUAUCUUGUGGGUGGAACACUUCUGACUGUUUGUGCUGUGCGUGGACUUGAUGUGUUUGUCUCUUAUUGACUUUGUGAUUGUCUGUCUCAUAGGGUUUCCAUGGUCCAUAGAAACUAGAGAAACUGUAAGCUUUGUCAUCGGCCCCGAGCACCAUGCCGGUCCCUGUGGUCAUGUGACGCGGGAUGACGUCACUCAGGCUCGGCGUCGAUGAUGGUGGACCAAUAUGACUGUUACCCAGUUUGGAGUAACGAAUGCCUUGGAAUAUCUAAUUCAUAAUUCCAUGUUGAACCUAAAUGUAGUAUUGAUUAACAUGAUUUUUAUAGCCUGUGUUUUCUCAUUUGAUUUUACAGGGUUGGGUCAUAUGUGUCUGUUAAAGAAAACGAGUAUGUUGUAGCCAAAGUUUCUAUCGAUGUGAAAGGCGCUUUGCAUGUCGAGCAUUACCAUAAUCUGGUAAGGCAAAUGCUGUUCUUGCGCCGCGCGACUGGCGUGUAAGUCCGACUAUGAUAUACAAUACAUACACGUGAUAUUGUAAAUCAUUCAUGGUAAACUGGCCAUUCCACGAAGACGUCUUACCCAUGAAACUCGAAGGCGCGGAACACCCAGUAGGAAAGCAAUAGCAGUAUACUAUAAACGCAAUUAAAAAGAAUGCAAUAACAUUCCACGAUUCCGCGAUUUCUCGUGAUUUCUCAGAGAUAAAGGUUACGUUAAAAAUAAUAAUAACAGACCAUCAGCCAACAACUUUCUGCACCGAGGGGAAAUUUGUCAAACCUUUACUAGAAAGCAGAGGUUUGACAUGUAGAAAUUACCGGUACGUCCCAAAUCUUCCUCAGUUUAUGAAUAGAUCAAUGAGGUCUGGCUUAAUGAGCAUCUCGUAUAGUGCUGAUUUGCCAGCUGAUUAGACCUUAGAUUUCUUCAGCCAGGUCAACAUACACAUGACCUCGAAAGGACAGGCCAACUGACCCGCCAUGUCAAGCAAGAUACGUUAGGCAAAUGCGUGUUGUCCGAGUUAAUCACCGUUAACAUCUGCGUCUUCUAUUUCACUCGACAAAGUUCUUAUGUGAAUGAUUUGUACAGCACAAAGUGGAACAAUCUGCUAUUUUUUGUGGAUUAUAAUGCAAAUGAUGUUAGUUUAAUUAUAAAAAAAAAUGUAGUGUUGGAGUUGGUGUUUGUAUGCACUGUCAUUAUUGCAGUUUUGUGCCAGCAUUAAACAUUUUAUUAAUGUUUAAACAUUAUCAUUUAGUAGUGUAUUAACCUCAUUCCGUCAGCAAAUGACACUUAACUUAAUAACGUCUUGAACUUUGCUCUGAAGAAAAUGGAACGAGGCUGUUAACUCACAGCCAAGUAUCAUUUCUGAUGCAGUAAUUACAAGAAAAUAGAUCGAAAAUAGAUCGUUAGAAAUAUAAUGGUACGAACUACAGCUGUUAACAUGGAAAGUAAAAUGUUCUGUCGUUUUUUUAUAGAUUUAUUGAAGUGAAGAAUUUAGUGCAGCGUUUCUGAUUUUUUUUUUUUUUAAGUGGAAAUAUGUCAAGGAAGUUCUAAAACAGACAGAAUUGAUCAGAACCAAUAACUUCUUACAUUGUUGAAUAAUGAGUUAGAUGAAAUGUUCAAAUAUUAGUUAUCGUUCGUAGAUGUGUAGCUCUUACAUAUCAUUUAAGGAUAAGAAAAUAUGCAAAAUUGAAAAUUCCGUUGCAGGCAGAAAAAAAAAAUCUACGUACAUUCCUUUCGUUUUGGAUAAGGUAAUGUAGCUUUUAAAUUGUUAAUGCAUUGUCUUGAGAUGUACUUUACUUUUUUGUUUAACUAUUUCGGUAGUUAUAGUAUGUUAAUCUUGUUUAUUAUAUAUAUAUAAAAAGAUACGUACAUGUUAGUUUACGAGAAACAGGAGUAACAAAUUUCUUAUAGCUAAGUAAUAAAAGUGGUUUUGUUCAUGCAUAGUAUUUCUUGUUGAUCAUUUGCAUGACACAGAAGGGACGAGUGUAGAAUACAUGAUGAAAAAUCAAGAAGUGAAAAGUAAUAGCCAAUGGUUUAAUCCCCAAUCAUGCGUUAAUCAAAAACACUGAUGAUAAUGAUCUAUGAUUUUAUUGUGCUAAAGUAAGUCCUUUUUUAUCUUUGAGGGAUGCCAUUUUUUUUUUUUCUUUUUCUUUUUUUUUGAGCUGAGGCUCUUUUCAUUAUGGUUAUUAUUGCCAAUUGAUGUUAUUGUUGUUGGGUUAUAAGAUGCUUUACAAGCACUUUCAAUAAUAGGUAUAUCUGAAAUUUGAAGAAAAAAAAUAACCAAAAAAAAUCUAUAUGUAGAUGGUUGAACUUAUCAGUAAGGACACGUAAUUCUAACAUUGUUAACAGGUAAUAACCACGAUAUUGAACUCUUGAUGCGACUGUUAUUAGAUAACAUACUUUAGUAAUGUAUUAGAUAAUUGUGCCACAGAAAAAAAAUCCCGGAAUACACUACCGUCACAUUUGAACACCUAAUUUCUCAGCGAUUUAACUCCCAAUCUUACUUUGCUAAACGUCAGCUUAAAUGUAAAAGCGUUUCCAAGGUCAGCUUAGGGUUUCCUCGACAAUGGAAGUCGGACGAACACGAGCGGGAUGGCACUGAAAAGAUUUUUUUUUUUCUUGAUUCUCUUUGAUUGAUGACGUAUUCUUUGAGGGAAAAAAAAAUGUAUAUUCAAGUUUGUUUAAGGAACCUAACACUAAACUGCAGAUUCAUCCUGAAUUGUAUUUGUUAUAGUUUUUACUUGUGUGUUUAUGUUACAAAAACUGUACACGUGACGAGACGCUUGGGUAUCUGAGAACGUCAAAAAAAAAAACGAAAAACACCAUAGUAUCAAAAACAAUCUUGAUAAAAUGUUCUUAAAAAUCCUUGAAGCAGACUGCGUAAAUUCCCACGUUACACUAUCCUUUGGCUCAUAUAUACACAAAUAAUAAUGAUAAUUAUAAUAAUAAUAACAAUAAUCAAUAAUUAUUCAUUACACUCGCAACACAUCAGUGACUGGGUCCAUGUGUGACGUUCUUUACAGAUAUCCAUAGCUGUGUGUCGCAAUACUGCCAUCUCUUAACUAGUUGGAUGUAUUUCAACAUUUUAAAUACACCAUAAAAUGUUGUUGGGUGUGAAAGGUAUAACUCAAUCAUACAUGGUAGAAAGCAUGAAGUCGACCCUUCAGAAUAAAUUCAUUUAGACCGUUAUCCCCCUGAAUCACUCGUGUUUAUUUCGUACCUGACGCUAGGAAAAAAAUAAUGAUAAAAAUAACCUUAGGGUAAUGAAAUUAUAUAUAAAAAAAAAACACACAGCGUCGGCAACUAUAUUACCUG